UAAUCUCGAGUGAUUGUAAGUGUGAUGAUCAUCUGCUAAAUGAGCAACAACGACCACAAUUCACUCCUUCAGUCAGUGAAGCUCCCACAGCCGUUCAUGAGAGUUUAAAUGCUGGGGAAUAUUCACAUCUUCCCACAGGAGAAGAAGAAGCAAGCAGGAGGAAUUACUCCAGGAGAAACUACGGACAUACUAUUGUAAAGAUGGAGAUUAAGGAAGAACCCUGCAGAAUAAAAGAUGAAGAUACAGAGGAACAAAUAGAUCCGGUGGAAGUGAAUGAAGACAAACAGCAAAAACCUCAUCAUUUCACGAAUGAAAAUGGAAACACAGUUGUCAAAGGAUCUUUCACCUGCUCUGAAUGUGGAAAGAGUUACAUACAUAAAACACACCUUCAGAGACACAUGAGGAUUCACACGGGAAAAAAACUAUUCACAUGCUCUCAGUGUGGAAAGAUUUUCACAGAUAAAUCAACCCUUAACAGACACAUGAGAUCUCACACUGGAGAAAAACCGUUCACUUGCUCUCAGUGUGGAAAGAGUUUAACAGAUAAAUCAACCCUUAACAGACACAUGAGAAUUCACACUGGAGAAAAACCGUUCUCAUGCUCUCAAUGUGGAAUGAGUUUCAGGUGCAAAGGUGUUCUCAACGAUCAUCUGCGCCGUCACUCUGGAGUGAGAUCUUUCAGCUGUGAUCAGUGUGAUAAAACAUUUGUUCUUUCAUCAAGCUUACAAAGUCACCUUAAUGUUCAUGCUGGUGUGAAGCCUCACUUUUGUUCUUUAUGUGGAAAGUGUUUUAGACUACUGCAACAUUUAAAAGAGCAUGAGACUAUUCAUACUGGUGUGAGACCUUAUAUUUGCUCACACUGUGGAAAGACCUUCACUACAUCCACCCACUUAAAAUCACACCAGAGAGUUCAUACUGGAGAGAAACCGUACAAGUGCUCACACUGUGGAAAGGCCUUUACUACAUCGAACGGCUUAAAAUCACACCAGAGGAUUCAUACUGGAGAGAAACCGUACAAGUGCUCACACUGUGAAAAGAGUUUCUCUCAGUCAGGACACCUGAAAGAUCACGAGAGAGUUCAUACUGGAGAGAAGCCACACCAGUGCUCUUCAUGUGGGAAGAGUUUCAUCCGAUUAUCUCAGCUACAGACUCAUAAGAAAAAGUGUUGCCUUGAGUUUCCUAAAUAACUAAAGUUCAUUUUCAGAUCUGUAACAUUCAAGUUAAUAGUUUGAUAUUCUGAUAAAUCAAAAGAUCGAAUAUCUUGUAACAUAGCGACAUCAUCUGAUAGAGAAAUUUGUCAAAGUUACAUAGAGGCAUGGUGAGGUUUGCUCCAAUUUUAGAUGGAAAUGCUUAUUUAUGUUUAUGAAUAUUGUGCGUGGGUGUAAAUGUCGUCAAACUAGUUAUAUCUAUCAAUAUUCUGUGCAAAUGUAUUUAUUUAUUCUGGCUGUGAAGAGGUGAUGCACUAUUGUUAAUGUCAUUCAUCAUUAUAUACUUACAUUGCAUGUAGAAUUUGUUACAAGAAUAACAAAAC